AUGACUCGGAAUAUUAUGACGCAACAUUAUGGAGAAGUUCACAUUAUUCAAGAAGAUGCAGAUAAUGAAAAUACAGAUUCUACGUUAAACGAAAAAUCACCCGUGAAAAGUGAAUCAGUAUCAUAA